AUGGGUGUUUUAACACUUGUUUCCUCUAAUAGUAAUAAUACUAGUCCAUAUGUUUUCAACGCAUUUAGUGAGUACGUUACAUGCGUUUGUGUCUCAACAUUGUUUCGAAUCAGUGUUGUCAGUCUUAGUGAUGGAAAACUUCUUAUCUUUGAUAAUGACAAACAUCGUCUUCAUCGUCAUGUUUAUUUAGGCGAGUACAUCUUCCACAUCAUCAUCUGUCCAAGCAGUGGAUAUAUUCUUUGCAAAGCACAGCACGAGUACUUUGUUGUCAGUAUCAACGGUAGCAUCAUCAAACGAUGUCCUUUCGACCGAAUGACAUAUCUUUUCUGCACAUGGACAGACAACAACUCUGUUGAUUACGUUUGCAGCAGUGACCAACAAGGCAACAUCGUUGUUUUCGAAUCAUUCUUCCCCGAAAAACUUUUAUUUGCCGCAGCAUGUGGUUCACGUACUCUUUGCAUUAAAUACGACAAGUAUUCACUUGGUCUUUGCGUUUUCACAGAAAAGUCCCAAUUCCUAUUUUAUCCUUUCUCUUAA